UGUUGAAAAAAGAUUCUGGUUCAUUAGAACUGAAGGAGAACCUGUAGACCUGAAAGAAGAUCCAGAAUACAAAGAUCGAUUGACUCACAGGUGUAAUUCAAAGAUCUGUGAUCUGAGAAUCUCUGGAGUGAGAGAGAGCGACUCAGCAGUUUAUAAGUUCAGGUUCAUAACAAACCAUCAAACUGGACGUUACAUCGGAGAACCUGGAGUGAGAUUAACUGUUGGAGACCUCCAGGUUCUGCUGGUUUCCACAUCAGUUCAGCAGGAAUAUUCAGACGUUCAGCUAAAGUGUUUCAACAGAUGUGAUCCAAAAGGUUUGGAGGAAUAUGUCUGGUUCAUAAACGGAGAAGAAACCAGAUCAACAACAUGGUCCAGAACCAGUCAGAUGUUUACGUACAGAAGCUGGAAUUCUUCCACAGACAGGAUCUCUUGUUCUCUGAGAUCUUCAAAGACGGAUCAAAGUCCUGAAGUUUAUGCUCCACAAACUCCAACUGUAUCACUGUAUCCCCCCACAGAGAUCCUGGAGGGCAGUUCAGUGACUCUGACCUGCAGCAGUGAUGCUAACCCAGCAGCUAACUACACCUGGUUCAAGGAGAACAAAGACUCUCCUAAAUCAGAAGAACAAAUGUUCACCAUCAGUGACAUCACAGCAGAAGAUGGAGGGCUUUACAUCUGUGUGGCUCAGAACAAACUGGGCCAGCAGAACUCCACUGUUCAAGUGUCUGUUGGAUCAGGUUCAGUGUUGAUGGUCGUCAUACGCUUGAUCAUUUCUGCUCUCCUGACUCUCAUCUUCUUGGUUGUUUUAUUCCUGAAGAUCUUCAGAAGGAGAUCCUCAGAAGAAUCCUCAGUGAUCAGGAGUCAAGAUGAAGAUGAUCAGAAACUUGAAGGUGACGGUCCAACAUCCAGACAUCCAGCAGAGGAUGAGACUGAAUUUUAGUACACCAGUGUGACCUUCACCAAGAGGCAGGAGGAUCCUCUCUACUCCAACCUGGAUCCAGUCAAAGCAAAGAGAAGACGGGACGCUCAUGAAGACAAAGAAGACGUGGUGUACAGUCUGGUCGGAUCAUCCAGGAAUCCAGCUGACUGACUGAUCUGCUGUAUGAAAAAAACAAACAUUUAUUUCCAACUUUAUGAUCCAGUAGCAUCUGUAUGUUAAUCUGCUGAAGUUAAUCUAAAAUGAAGAAAGAAGCAACAAGCUGACACUAGAAGAGAUUUGUUUUAAUGAUAAAAACAUUGUAAAACUCAGAAAUAUCUUAUAAUAUUUUCAUUUUUUAUGUUAUGAAUAACAAAAUAGAUAAACAGAAACAUCAUCACCUCCUCAUAAAGUUGACCUCUUCUGAGUGAACUUCU